AUGAAAAUGAUGUGCUUUUUUCAAAUCUAUUUUAUACUUCAUCUAUUACAACAAUUGUAUGCAUCAAAUCGAAUAUGGGAACAAGAACUUAAAAUGCCUUCUGUGCAUACAGAAGAAGAAGAUUCCUAUGUCUGUGCAUAUUUUCAACCACCGUCGAUAAAUGAAACUAAUUUUAUUCGUGGCAUUUUUCCUAAUGCUAAUCGUUCAACUGUACAUCAUAUGAUUUUAAAAGGUUGUUCAUAUCCUGUUAAAACUAUUGGUAAAAUUAAAAAAUGCGGUGGAUGUGAAACAGUUUUAUACGCAUGGGCUAUGAAUGCACCACCGUUACGUUUUCCAUUAGGCGUAGGAUAUCCAGUUGGAAUUAAUGCACCAAUAAAAGGAUUUGAACUAGAAGUUCAUUAUUUAAAUCCUGUUAAAUCUGAUCAAUCUGGAUUACGACUGAUUGUUACUAAUCAACAUCAACCAAGAAUAGCUGGUGUAUUCUUGUUAUUACGAAGUGAUGCAGUAAUACCACCUGGAAUAAGAAAUUACCCAGUUGAUGUAUCAUGUCGUAUUUCGUCAACUUUACCAAUAACAAUCAUGGCUAUACGUGGACAUGCACAUUCAUUGGGUCGAUCUGUGGUUGGUUUUCGACUACCGCAUGGCCAGAGACCAGCACAACUACUUGGUCGUGUUAAUCCACAAAUUCCUCAAGCAUUUUAUCCAUUGAAACAAUUGGAUUCAGAAUUUGAUUCUGUAGAAGUCAAUGAAGAUGAUAUCAUAAUGGCACGUUGUGUAUAUGAUAGUACGUCGAGAACACAUAAUGUCGGCAUGGGAUCUACACAUCAUGAUGAAAUGUGUAAUCUGUACAUUUUAUAUCAUAGCAGCGCUUUCAAUACUUUUGGGGACCAAGGAGGUUUUUGUACUUCAGACGUAUAUGAGUCACAAUGGAAUUUGAUACAAGAGAACGCUAGUGAAUCCGCAAGGAAGUCAUCUCUGGUAACCAAACCUCCUGGUAGUAGUGAUUCAGAAAAGUCAUCUAAAAUGUUAUUAUCUACAAGGAAUCCUAUAGAAAUUAUUCAACCAUCAUCAAUAUCAGAAAAUGUGUUACUUCAUGAUACAAUCAAACUAGGCCAGGCUAGUAGUGUGGAGACAAGAGCAAAGAGCAACAAUGGUCAGCAUGAAUUAAUUAUUCUACAUCGUGGUUCUAAUAUAUGGACGUAUGAUUCAUUUAAUAAGCAUUUCAUCUAUCAAAAUGAAGCUGAUUAUAUCAAGACAGAAACAGUUCUACACGUGAAUCCUUUAACAGGUAGUAUUGAACAGAAAUGGGGAAAGAAUAUGUUUAUUUUACCGCAUAGUAUAACACUUAGUUAUUUUAUGGAUGGUAAUGGUAAUACAACAAGUCGUGGAGGCGGUGAACAACAACGUAGACGAAUAAUGAAUGGACAACCGACAGCUGUAUGGAUAACUGACGUCGCUUUACAUCAAGUGUUUAAAUUCGAUUGGAUGAAAUGGGAUAAACCUAGUCUAACUCUUGGUUUACCAGGUAGACCGGGUAAUAAUAGAAGACAGUUCUGUCAACCGGCAGAUGUGGCAAUAUCAAGUAAAGGUGAUAUUUUCGUUGCUGACGGUUACUGCAAUUCAAGAAUUGUGAAAUUUUCAUCAAAUGGUGAUUAUUUAACAGAAUGGUCAGCCAUAGGUUUAGGUAAUAAUCAAGACUAUCAGAGUUAUCUACCGCAUAUACCUAGACCUGUAUCUCAAGGCUAUUGGUCACCUGACCUUCUGUAUACAGAGUCAAAUGAUGAAGCAAAUAUGGAUUUGAAUAGAUACGAUUUCAAAGUGGUACACAGUUUGACUAUUAUUCCUAGUGAUGAAGAUGGUAGCCUUGAACAAGUAUGUGCAGCUGACCGAGAAAAUGCAGCUGUACUUUGUUAUACAUUGGAUGGUAAAUUAAUAAGACGCUAUGCAGAUUCGUCUAUACAACCUUCAGUUUAUGCAAUUCAGUAUGAUCCAGAGCAUAAAGUGAUUGUGGGCUUGACCGGUCGUACAGUUGCAUCUACAGUCGAUUCCACUUUAAACAAUGAUAAUGAAUGGUUAUCACCAAACUUAUUCUUUAUAAAUCCAUAUAGACCAAAAAGUGUAGAUGAGUUGUAUAACAGACCAUACAAUCCAUUCUUAGCUGAUUCGUAUCAAGGCUCUGCAAUAGUUGGAUUUUUCUCUCUUGUUAAUGUUAUGUCACCGCAUGAUUUAGCUCUAUCGCCUAAAAGUGAUAUUAUCUAUGUGUCAGAAAUUAAUCCAAAUAUAGUUCAUCGAUUCGAAGUAAUAAAUAAAAUGGAUAUUAAAGGUAUAGAUGGAAGAAAGGAGUUAGCUGAGAUUGUAGCUGUCACCAAUUAUCAAAUAUGGAAUCUGCAUACACUAACACCCUAUCAGUUAACUGCUCUUUCAAUUAUCCUAUUCAUUGUGAUUAUCUUCUUGUUAAUUGGAUGUAUACGUAUCUGUUGGUGUGGACGUCGGUCGACUACUGCUGCUACUAUUGCAACUGCUAGACGUGGUAAACAUGACGGUAAGGUAUUCGCAAUUUCACCGAAAUCAUCCGAUUCAAAUACCAAUAUGAAUGGUAUCUAUUCACGAUGGUCAGCUAAGAGAAAGUUAAAGAAAAAUAAACAGGCUGGUUUUCGACCACUUAUACGUAAUAGUAAUGGUCCAGAUUAUUUUGCUGAACAAGAACUUGAUGAUUAUAUCGAUGAAGAGGAAGAAGAAGAAAAUGGCGGAGGAGCAGGAAGAGAACAAACAAAAUACAAUGAACACAAUCAAAAUAGUGAUGAAGAUGUACUUAUGGACUCUUAUGCUGAUCGUCAUUUAUUAAAGCAUAGUAGUAAUAAUAAUGAUAAUAAUAGCAAUCAUUUGAAUAGACAGCAAAAAUUCAUUCCCAAGGUAACAUCAACCAAUCCUAAAAAGCCACGUUCCACUUCACUAUCCUCGAAAUUAUUUAGGUUGAAAACUGGUGUUAAUCAAACCGGUUCAGUAGCUUGAAAGUUCAAAGGUUAUCUAAAACAACUUCUAUAUGCAUACUGGUUUAGUUCUUGUUUGUCCCUGUCACACCCUAUCUAUUUCAUUUAUAAGCAUUCCAUCAAUUAUACAAGUCGAGAAAAAAUAAAAAAACCUGAUCUCCUCAAUAAUCGUUGUCUGUGGUAAAUUUUCUCAGAUAUUUGAUGAUUUCAUGAUUUCAAGUUUGUGAUCUGUUUUGUUUUUUUCCACUUUACACAAGCAUUGUGAUUCAAUUUGAUUUGAUUUGAUUUGUAACUGUUUCAUUCGCUCACUCAUGAUUAUGUCACUCAAUCAUCUACAAAAUUUAUGCUGGUCUUUUUCUCUGACGACGGAAUUGAAAUGUGACGAAUUAACCAACUUCUUGUUUUUAAAAACUUCUAAAGCAAAAACAUUUUUAGCUUUCAAGGUGUUUGUUUUAUAAUCUUAAAGGUUUUGGGAACAUAAUGAAUGAUGUUUUGUUUUUCUUUUCUUUUUUUCGUCCUGAAAACAUUCCAGUUGGUAUUUGUGAUAAAAAACAACUCCUCUGUCACUCACCCUUUCCCUCUCUCCCUCUCAAAUCACUUCCGUUUUAUUCUCCUUGAAGAAUCAUGACAUUUUCUGAGUAGUGAAAGUUUCCAUUCUCUUUUUAUGUAUAUGUCUACGUGAAUUUGUCCUUAUUUUGUAUGACUUCAUCCUUAUUGUCUUUGUGGACUGCGUAACUGAAUUAAAUACACGUAUAUAUAUGUAUCACAAAUAUACCUUCUUCAAUGGAUC